AUGGAAACUGUGUUAGUUAAGAUUGUGAUCAAUAAGAAUAUUGUUAAUAAGUUGAUAGAUAAGUCAAAGGAUGAGCAGAAUAAAAUACUGAAAGUAAUUCAUAAUAUACAACUAGUUGAUAAAAUAAAGUGUAAGAUUAAAAAAGAAGAAGAAGUAGGGUUAUUACUGUCGAUAUGCAGAAAAAUUCACAAAGCAGUCUUCGAUAGAUAUCAAAAUACUUUGGAUAAUAUGCCUGAGGUUUUGAAUGGUAGUAAUCGUGCAGAGUUCGAAAGUUAUGAAGCAUUUAUGGAAAAAGUGAAGAGUAUACGUAUGCUAGAAACAUUUUAUAAGCUGUUUGUAAACAAAGGAUUGGCAGAUAGUGAUGCAUUGAAGAUGUUUAAUAUGAUUGAUACUAAUGAUGAUGCCCAGCAAAAUGAAUCGUGUGGAGUGGUUGAAAAGCGGGAGGAUAUCGUAGGCAUGACUGCAACAAUAAAGAGAAUAAUUUCGGGAAUGGAAGAGAGUAUGAAGGAUACUAAUACUGAAAUGCUCGUAAAAGUACUCGAAGAUAACUUGUGGAGUAUGGAUGAAAAACUGCGUAAAAUGGUAUGCGAUAUGAUAAUAGAUAUAUCCAAAAUGGAUGACUACAGUACUACUGAAUACCUGUAUGAAUUGCUAAAUAGGAUGGAUGAGAUCUUUAUUGAAGCAGAGGCCCUAAAAGAGAAAUACAAGAAAGUAUAUGAUCAAGUAGUAAGUUUUUGCAACGAGAUCGAAAAGAAGAUAUACAUAUGCUUGAUGAAAAGAAUGUUGGAUAUUGCUAGUUCAAUUGCUUGUGAAAUAGACAAAGCAGUGCUUAUGAGGUAUAGUGAGUGCAUUAAGAGAUUUGAAGAUGAGAAAAUGACGCCUGAAGAUUUGAAUAGUAUACUGCUUACUGUUGUGGAAAGCAUAUGCAAAGAGCUGGUUAAUAAUGAUCACAUGUUGAGCAAUCAAAGUGAUAAAGAAAUUGAAGAGACUAUCAAAGCAUUACCAUAUGUUCGAGUGUUAAUACGAAAUUGUGAAAGCAAUCCGUUGAUUAGUGGGGCGCAG